UUUUUGUUGUUCUUGCCUUGUUGCUACCAUCGCGCCCUCACGCGGUGUUACACAUGUGUGCGUCCGCUUCGGCCCGCUUCGAUACAGCAGCCUAUGCAGCAGCAGUCGAGAAAGUAGGCGCGUGUGGCGUUGUCGUGUGGGCGUCAGUAUUGGUGCCAGUUAUUUUAGUUUUUGCUGGCCGUAUGUGUGGCUAAAGUAUCUUUGGAAGGGACAGUCGAGGGCUGGAAAGCCCAGAUCGAAGCAGCCUAUCGUAACGCUGCUCAGCGCCGUCGGGGGCAAUGCUUCUUUGACUACUCAGGCCCAGCUGAUUUCUCUCUCACUCUUUGGUGGGAAAGCCAAUUGACUAAUCUGCGCUCUCCAAUGCGUCGCCAGCAUGGGUUUUUGUCUACAAUUGCGGUUGCUGUUAUGGAAGAACUACACGCUGAAGAAAAGGAAGCCACUGGUGUUGCUGUUCGAGCUAGUCAUUCCACUAGUCCUGUUCUUCAUUUUGAUUGGCAUACGGAAAAAACAGCCAGCCUACCCUGUGGGCUCCUCCUCUUUUCCUGCCUUCCCAUUGCCAUCAGCUGGAGUUAUUGCUGUGAUGCAGGCAUUCUGUGACAAUGGUGUGAGGGACAGCAAUGGCUUUGCGACAUUUCCUAACAGCACAGUUACUCCAUUUCUCAAGCGACUAAAGAAUGUCUCGAAGCACCACAACUUUUUUUUACCAGGCUUUACGCUUGGAGACUUGGAUCUUAUUCCUUCUAUCUUCAAGACCAUUGUGGAGGAUCCCAUAGCCUUACAUGAUUGCUUCGCACAGGCCCCAGCCAUGAGGGUAGACUACUUCCUAAAGGACCCUGAUGAGCUUAAGGACUUUUUAUCUACCAAUUUAUCACUGCCAAGUCAAGAUCUGGAUGUUCUAUUUAAUUCUUCUCUAGAUAUGAAACAAGUCUACUUCUCCUUGUUUGGCCAACCCUUUAAGAAGCAUGGUGGUGACUCGAUGGACUCUGCGUCAUCUGCUCUUGAGGACCAGCAACACCAUUUCAGUGCUCGCCAGGCGGUGCCCCAUGCACCGCUAUUCCCAGUGGUGCCCAGCUUUUUGCCUGGACUACAUCUCCUUAGCUUCAGGCAUCUUGAGUUUAUCCUCAAGCUGAUGCGUACCUAUCCACACGAGUCGGCCCAUCUGCUUGGCGUAUUGCGCUGGGUCCUUGACACUGAUCAUUCCCAGCCACCUCCAAAAGUUGACCCUGAAGAAGCAGCAUCUAGUCUUGUGGCAUUGCUGCUGUCACCAGAAGUUCUGAGAGCAUCGUUCUGUGAAAACCAUGAAAUGCCUAACGUGUUUGUGUUGAAUGCCUCGGCUACAACAGAAAGUUUUGCAGAACUUCAUAUCCAUUUCUGCAACCUUACAAGUAGUGAAACAGCACUGUUGUCUUCAGAGCUGAAAAGACAAGUAGACCGCAAGAAACUUGCUGAUACUCUUGCUCUUGACCAUUGGAACUUGUCCGUGGCUCACAAAAGAGUGGCAAAGCUUGCAGAUGAUUUGCAUAGGUUUAAUCUCUUCGAAACUGCCGUGCAAGAGAUCUCAGAGCUGGCUUUGGAAUUGCCUCAGGAUGCAUGCCACAAUCUCAAUGACACAAACUCCACUUUGCCUCAUAAUGCAACCAUCUUGGAGGAUGAAAGCACUCCAUCAAGCAGCCGUGACAUUCUGGACCAGGUCAAGAGGACGAAGCCGCAGUAUGGCCUUUUGAGAAUUUGGCUUGGAAUGCAGCGCAUGGUCUGUGGAAAAGUUGAAAAAUCGGAAGCGAGCAUGUCCACUGAUGCUGAAGACAUCAAUCUCAAUAUUGGCAUUUCAGAAUACCAGAAGGAGCAGAUUGGAAUUCUCGUCCAUGUACUCUACAGCAACCCUAAAGUACUUUACACGCCUAACAAUACUGCUGCUAAUUUAAUUGUUCACAAGGCAAAUGAAACAUUCAGGCUGUUGGACACUGUAACACAAUAUGCCAAGAAGAUGCUCAACAUUUCCCGAGACAUAAGAGACUACCUGGCACAAAAUAGCAGUGACUAUUCAUUGGCAAUGCUGAAACAUAUGCGGGACAACCUGAGGCACUAUCCACUGGUGCUAGAUGUGGCUCACAGCCAGGCACUGCGUGAAUUUGCCCGUGGUAAUGGUGCCUCAGUCAUUGAGGACAAAGAGGCAUUCCUGCAUCGGCUCGACGUGAUUGACAAUGCAGCUUGCUCCUGGAUUGCACUGAUGUCAGGCCUCAGUCUCAAUAUGUUCAGGGGCUUCAGUUCAGAAGAGGACCUCAUGGCCUACUUCAAGAACAGGGCCUACUUUGAUAAUGUCACCAUACUUGCAAGUGUCUUAUUCAAGAUGGAUCACAAUGGUUCAAUGCCACGUCACAUGACUUACACCAUUAGACAAAAUGCAUCAUUCACUCCAACCACCAACCUGAUGCGUAGCCGGUUCUGGUUUCCAGGCCCUCGAAAUUGGGGUUAUGAAUACUAUCAGUUUGGAUUUGUGUGGCUGCAGGAUAUCCUUGAGCGCGCUAUGGUGAAUGUGUACGCUGGUCGAGAUGUCACUGAGCCUGGGACCUACAUUCACCAGUUUCCAUAUCCAUGCUACAUCCAGGACCAAUUCCUGUUUAUGAUUGAACAUGUGAUGCCAUUGUGCAUGGCAAUUUCUUGGGUGUACUCUGUCGCAAUGCUAGUUCAAAAUGUUGUUUAUGAGAAAGAGAAACGACUGAAAGAAGUGAUGAAGACAAUGGGCUUGAACAAUGCGGUUCACUGGCUUGCCUGGUUUAUCACAAGUUUCAUUCAAAUGACCAUCACAGCAGCCGUCUUGACUGCAUUGCUGAAAUAUGGCCGUGUAUUGACUUACAGCAACCCCUUAAUCUUUUUCUUUGUCCUAGAGAUAUUUGUGAUUGCCAACAUUGCCUUUUCGUUUCUGGUGAGCGUCUUAUACUCCAAGGCCAAGCUUGCAGCAGCCUGUGCAGGCAUCAUCUAUUUUCUUACUUAUGUGCCCUACAUGUACAUAGCUGUUAGGGAAGAAGCUGCUCACAACAAUAUACCUGCUUGGUUGAAAAGCCUUGCUUCCCUGCUUUCUACAACUGCAUUUGGCUUGGGUGCCAAAUAUUUCGCCUUCUAUGAGGAAGUUGGAGUUGGAGUGCAGUGGGCCAACAUAGGCAUUUCACCCCUUGAAGAUGAUACAUUUAGUCUGGCCCAUGUUGCUUUUAUGAUGCUAAUUGAUGCCUUCAUCUAUUCUCUGCUCGUCUGGUACAUUGAGAAUGUGCACCCAGGCUCAUAUGGCCUCCCUAGACCAUGGUAUUUCCCACUGACCCACAGCUACUGGUUUGGUGGGGGCAGACAUGACCUUGAGUAUGGGCCCCUGCGCUAUUUCUGGCGGAAGUUACUGCGGAAGCAUGUGGCCCACUUGUCUGUAACUGAAGAAGAGCAGGCUUGUGCAAUGGAAGGUCGGACAGCUGACAGUGGCUUUUUUGAGCCAGACCCAUCCGAGCUGCCACUUGGCGUGUGCAUCGACAACCUAGUGAAGAUUUACAAAGAUGGCAAGAAACUUGCUGUAAACAAGCUCAGCCUAAAUUUGUAUGAAGGACAGAUAACUUCCUUCCUAGGACACAAUGGUGCUGGAAAAACUACAACAAUGUCAAUUCUUACUGGGCUUUUCCCACCAACAUCUGGAUAUGCAACAAUAUAUGGACAUGAUAUUCGCACAGAGAUGGAUGUGAUUCGACAGAGUAUGGGCAUGUGCCCACAACACAAUGUGUUGUUUGAUGAGUUGACUGUAGAAGAACACUUGUGGUUUUAUGCUCGUUUAAAGCACACUCCAGAUGUCAGCAUCAAAGAUGAGACAGAAAAGAUUAUCCAGGACCUUGGUUUGCCCCUGAAGCGCUUCAGCAAAGUUGACUGCCUGUCAGGUGGCAUGAAGCGUAAGCUGUCAGUGGCUAUAGCCUUUGUUGGAGGCUCUCGUGUGGUAAUCCUGGAUGAGCCAACAGCAGGUGUGGACCCUUACUCUCGUCGUGCCAUAUGGGACCUCAUUCUCAAGUACAAAAAAGAGAGGACCAUUUUGCUGUCCACUCACCACAUGGAUGAAGCAGAUGUACUAGGGGACCGUAUUGCUGUGAUCUCUCACGGACAGUUGCGAUGCUAUGGCACAUCUCUGUUCCUUAAAAACAACCUUGGCAAGGGAUACCAUCUCACUUUGGUAAAGCAGCCUCCUCGGCACAUCUCUGGAGACCCAAUUACAGAGUGCUGUGAGAAGGCUGUUACAAUGUUCAUCCGACAGCAUGUCGAAACAGCUGUGCUCGUGUCUGAAACACAGCAUGAGCUGCAUUAUAUAUUGCCACUUUUUGAGUUGCGGAAGGGAAGUUUUGAAAAGCUCUUCUUUGCACUGGAGACCAGCUUGGCAGACCUGGGUGUGUCCAGCUAUGGUAUCAAGAACACAACUCUCGAAGAAGUCUUUCUCAAAGUGGCUGAGGAGGCUAGUCAUUCUGAAUCUGAAAGUUAUGAUGAAUCCCCAAUAAAGCCAAAGGCCGUUUCUUCGAAUCACGAUGAAAGCAGCACAUGUGCAGAGGAGAAACAGCCACUGACAGAAUUUGGGUAUAGUCUUGCUGAACUGUCGGGGUCUAGUGCUGGUGAUGUUGACGAGGCCAGUCAGUGGAAUGGAUAUACAAACACAGGGGAGGAGCCAACAGCUGGCGGCAGCUGGGUGAGCAAUGGUCGCCGGGUGGAAGGAAAGUUACUGCUGGUGCAGCAGCUGAGUGCCAUCCUGCUUAAGCGCUACUACUGCACCCGACGCAACUGGAAGGGCCUCUUCUCACAGAUCUUGCUGCCGGCCUUUUUCGUCAGCAUUGCCAUGUCAGUGGCUCUAACAGCACCUCAUGUUGAGGACCCUCCACCCUUGACAUUGUCACCAUCCCGGUAUUACAACUACACUCAACCCCGAGGCAACGUGGUUCCUUAUGCAUUUCGAGACGAGCCCCGACCCAAGUGGAACCUAGAUGCUGAUGCACAGCACUUGGCAGCUACCCUUCGACUUCCAUCUGGUGUUGGUGCCACUUGUGUCUUACUGUGGCCUCUUAAUGGAAGCAGCAGCAUCCUGGUACCUUCGUCCAAUGGAAACUACUCUGAGCGCUCACUUGACUGGGAUAUGUUGGACGCCUUUGAGCCUGAGUGCCGCAGUGUAUUUGUGCCCGGGCUUCCCUUGGACAACUUUGUGCCACCCCUUCCCACAGUUGAAAGCCCCACUGGAGAUUCAGUGGAUGUUACCACGUCGCCAGGAAAUGUCUUUCACCUCGUCAACAUUUCAAAACAAGUUAAAGAAGGGAAAGAACGCUUCUACCCAUACUGCCAUUGUUCAGCAGAUAAGACUGGCUAUGUCUGUGAACCAUAUGGUUUCCAAGAUCCACCCAUGUUCAGGGCUUUGACUGGCGAUAUCCUGCUUGACAUAAGCAGCCAGAAUGAGCAUGAGUACUACUUGUACACGACUGAUAUGUAUAGACUUCGAAGGUAUGGAGCUUUUUCCUUUGGUCUGUCACGUGACUAUGUGCCUUCGACAUUUGGAGAAGAUGCACCACCACUUUUUAGAAAAAUUGCCGUCAGAGAUGUUGCCAAGGUAUGGUACAACAAUAAAGGAUACCAUGCAAUGCCCACUUACAUUAAUAGCAUCAAUAAUGCCAUUCUAAGGGCUAAUCUUCCACUUGAAAAUGGACACCCAUCUACUUAUGGAAUUACUGUGGUUAAUCAUCCCAUGACGGACACAUCGUUCCUGCUGUCGAAGGACCAAAUUUUACAAGGAACAGAUGUGCUGAUUGCCAUCUUCAUCAUUGUUGCAAUGUCAUUUGUGCCAGCAAGUUUUGUGCUGUUCCUGGUCUAUGAGCGCUACACCAAAGCCAAGCACCUGCAGAUUGUCAGUGGUGUUAAUCCUGUAGUGUACUGGCUGGCAAACUACUUCUGGGAUAUUUGCAGCUAUGUUGUCCCUGCAACAUGCUGUGUUCUUAUUCUCCUUAUUUUCGACAUUCCUGCAUAUACAUCAGCAAAGAAUUUUCCAGCUGUACUCUCAUUGUUUCUUCUAUAUGGGUGGUCAAUAACACCAGUCAUGUACCCCGUUUCUUUCGUAUUCAAGGAGCCAAGUACAGCCUAUAUUUUUCUUAUUGUCAUCAACCUUUUUGUUGGGAUCACAUGUAUUGUGACCAGCUUUUUGCUUGAAGUCUUCUCCUAUGAUGCCUAUCUUGGUGAAGUUCAUCACUUACUCAAGGCCAUUUUUCUCAUGUUUCCUAAUUAUUGCCUCGGAAGAGGACUUAUGGACAUUGCUUUUAAUGAGUACCAGAACUUCUUCCUGUUUAAGACAGGUCGGUAUGACCGGAUGAGGUCACCGUUUGCAUGGGACCUAGUGACGAGGAAUCUUUUUGCCAUGGCACUGUCAGGAAUGCUCUUCUUGGUGCUAACUCUGCUUCUAGAGUUCAACUUUUUUUUGAAGCCAAAAAAGGUAAUUGUGCCUGAGGCUCUCAAUGUUUCUGAAGAUGAGGAUGUCCAGAAUGAAAGAAGACGUGUUCUUAGUGGGAAAACAGAUUCUGCAGCACUUUGCCUUGUGAACCUGACAAAGAUAUACCACACUAGGAAACUGGGCAAGCACUUGGCUGUUGACCGGCUGUGUCUGAGGAUUCCAAAGGGGGAGUGCUUCGGCCUCCUUGGUGUUAAUGGUGCUGGAAAAUCCACGACAUUCAAAAUGCUAACCGGUGACACAGAGAUAACAUCAGGAGAUGCUUACCUGAAUGGACACAGUGUCUCUCGUGAGCUCAACAAAGCACAACAGUACAUUGGCUAUUGUCCGCAGUUUGAUGCCCUUUACGACGAACUUACAGCCAAGGAGCACUUGAGACUGUACUCAAGGUUUCGUGGUAUCCCAGUGAAGGAGGAAAACAAGGUUAUUGAAUGGACUCUGCAGAAGCUUGGACUGACGUCAUAUGCUGACCGUGUGGUGGGAACAUACAGUGGUGGCAACAAGCGCAAGUUGUCCACGGCCAUUGCUUUACUUGGAGGACCACCAAUUAUAUAUUUGGAUGAACCUACCACGGGCAUGGAUCCAUACACACGUAGAUUCCUCUGGGACCUCAUUCAGGACCUAGUGCGAGGAGGCCGAUCGGUGAUUCUCACCUCUCACAGCAUGGAAGAGUGUGAAGCCCUGUGCACAAGACUGGCCAUCAUGGUCAAUGGCCACUUCAAGUGUUUGGGCAGCAUUCAGCACCUGAAGAAUCGUUUUGGGGAGGGCUAUUGUAUUACCGUCAGAACAAGAGGAACAUCCCAUGAUGCCAUUGUUGCAUGGUUCCACAGAGUCUUCCAUAAUGCCAUGCUCAAGGAGCAGCAUUUCAACAUGCUUCAGUAUGACCUGAAGUCGGAGAACAUAUCCCUGGCUUAUGUAUUCUGCCAGAUGGAACAAGCCCUUGUAGAACUCCCGAUAGAGGAGUAUUCUGUGUGCCAAAACACUUUAGACAAUGUGUUUAUAAACUUUGUGAAGCAGCAGUCUGAAAGAGGACGGGAGCCAAAGUUCUGGUCAUCAACCAGCAAACGAGCAGCAGCCUCUCCAGUCAAGAAGGGCCAGCCAGGGCUGCCACUGGAUGACACAAUUGGAGACAGUGAUGAUGAGGAGGACAUUGAGGAGCGCCUGCAGAGAUCUCAGAGCCACCUGGCAUUCCUCAACAUGGAUGUGGACUGCUGAAGGGCAGGUGCUGUCUGAAGCUGGUGAUCAAGAGCAGUGACGACUGCUUCCCUUAACAUUUUUUGAACUUUAUUUUCUAGUUUUACCUUGCAUGAACUUGAGGUGAUAGGGCUGCUUUUUUGCUGCCAUUGUGAUUACGUUUACCUCGCUGUCAUCACAGUUGUUGCAAACAUAACGUACUCUUUCUCAAGGCCUGCAUAUUGCAUGUUCUAGUCAUAACCUGUACCCAUGCUGAGCAUCCUGGUCAGCACAAGACAUAUAUGCAUUAGAGAUAUUGAACACAUGCUCGCCAUUAUCAGUGCCUCAGGACUGUUGCCAAGAGUCCUCCCUUGUUUUGAUGCGCUCACAUCAUCAGUUGACAGGAUUGCGUCAUUGUAGUCUGCUUGCAUGCAGCUCCUAGCACAGUGCGAGAUUUUGACGUCACAUUUACCUUUUCCUUAUACUGUGUGUGUUGUGUGUAUGUGAUCUUUAUACUAAGUAAGGUUAUUUGCUGCUUAAAUACAUGCAUUUUAUAUAAAUAGUUGGGUCAUUUCACGCUAAACCCACAAGCCAGAAACUCAACCCUCUUCCUUUUUUUUUUUUUUUUUUUUUUCGGGGGGGGGGGGGGGGUUGAAAAACCAAGUCUAAAGAAACGCAUUCUGGAAAAAAAAAGCAAUUAUGGACCCAUGAAGGCCAUUUGAAUUUCAACAAACAGCCAGAAACCCUGUGUGAAGGGGAAAGCAUUGCCAAAAGUCAAGUGCUUUGUGCAUUGUUGCAGGACUUGCAUUUUUGUAAUGAUAGUGGUUUCACUAAAAGAUGAUUUUAGACAAUACGUUUUUGUUUCUCUUCCUUUAAUAUAAAGCUAAAAAUGGCCAAAUUAUGCCAUUUUUUAAAAGAAUAAUUACAAAAAUGGCUGCAUAAGAAAAUCUGAAGCUACUUUUAUAAACUGUCCCUAAACUAUAUUUUCUGCUAAAACUUUAUUUGCACUUGGAUAUUGCACACUGGCUCGAAGAUAAACUUGAAUUAUUAAAAAAUGCCAUUUUGGCCUAUGUUUGGACGUUAGUAAGACAUUGUGGUGGUCAAUCAAACAGAAAAGUGACUAUUGUAGAGAAAAGUAAUUAUUCUCAUUACAGAAAUUUUAAUCAAAGUAAUUUUUGUUGCAACAUAGAAAAUUUUGUUGGAAGUUGAGUGCCACGAUUGCAAUAUCUUGGUUCACAAUUCGGCUUUCCCUCAUACCAUCUUCAUGGGAAAUACAAACCAGUCUGUCGCACAUGGUGAUAAGGGGCCAAAAUAUGUUUUGCACGGUGCUAAACAUCGCAAUUUCCAGCCUUGAAACACAUUUUGAAUUUUUGCAGUUUUGGGUUCCUUGACUAUUGAAGUAUGUGGCAGCAAAAUUUCGAACACAUCUGUGCAGUAAUAAAGUGGGAAUUAGUAUUUUUAGAUGGACUGGUGGUGCCUCAGGUAAAAGAAAUGUGCUCGUGACCAUUGUUCUGGAAGUGCAUUCAUGGCGUGAGGAAAAAUCUUAGUUUGAGUGGCUACCAUUAUUGUAAAGGUAUUGUUCUCCUCUACUUUUUAUAAGCUCGAGCAGCGUAACCAAGAGUGCGACAGGAUGUACAGUCGAGCACAAAAUUUUACGAACCACAAGAUCUGAGAAAAAGCUGAAUACCUCCGCAGCCUCGCAACCCAGCCUAGUGUUCAUGUUCCGUAAACUUUUUUUGGUCCACUGUACAUGUGCAAAGGCUGAUGAAUGAAGUCAAAAGCAACAAACUUUAGGCAAUGGCUGCAAAGAAGGUGAAAUUUGAGGCACUAUUGCUCCACAAGGUGUCACUUGACUACGAUUUACCAGCACACGAGGCAUCGCGCUGUCACCAGAUUUCAUGCUACAUGCGGCUUCAUGCCAUCAAAGUUUUUCACCGCCGUUUUUGGAGCAUGCUGUGCGCUAAGCUCCCUUCAGCAUUUCUAGUGUCAAAAAUGGCCCCGAAGUUCAACACAUGCCACUGCUUUGGAAAGCAGCAUCGUUUCACAAUGUUUAGGGGUGCAACCAGGCACAGCAGGUGACUAACCACUUGCGAAAGUGACUCGCCAGGCCAAAGUGAGAAAUUGGCACAGCGUCUUCUUCCCAUACGCUGGACACAUGUGUUCGGCAAGUUCUGCUGUUUCGAAUGGCAGCGGCCUUGGCAGUCGUAGAAUGCUGGCUCAAAAGGGAUUCAGAGAGAGCUUGAAGUUGGGCACUGUUUCUGGAUCACACACAGCGUGCCAAUUAGAAAAUAGCUUUGAAGAGUGCCCGUUUAUGGCAAGAGUGAAUGCAGCAGAGUGGCCAAAAAGAAGUUGAAACUUGAAGCUAUUCUCACAGAAGAAUUCAGAAUACAAGAGGAAGGCCCCAUGUAUGCUCCAGGGGCCAUAGACAAUACAUGCAACUAGAUUAAAAUGGCACACUUCUCAACUUUUGAAGCCAUUUUUCUGAGUUCGUGUUUUUUCACCUAAGUUCUCUUUCGCAAAAGCUGUCGUUUUAUAUAAUGCAUGGUGGACUUGUUUCUAGAACAUUUUAUUGUAGGAAACUUAAUGCAGAAUGCCACUGUGGACUCAGAUUUUGAAGUUUUGCCUUUCUCCUUAUAGAAAAGUUGGAAUUUUGAGCGCAAGGUUCAAGUGGCAAUUGUAGUGGUGCCAAGUAAAUUAAAUUUUUUUCUAUGAAAACGACUAAUGUGAAAAAAUUGCUUCACAGUGGCAUAGCUUGGGCCUUCCUAACAUUAUCAGGCACAAAAAUUCUAAGCUUUCUCAUCAUAUCAUAAUGGUAGUUUUUGUGGCUAACCAUAGCCACUUUAACUAUUGAAGAACAAGAACUAUUUGACCAAAUAUUUUAUGAUGAAAAAAUUUGCCACCCGGUCCUAUACUAUUACUACUCUAAACAUGCCUUCCAAUUUUUUAUUAAACUUGAGCCAGCUAUUCAAAAGUUCACUUUCGUGGACCGUGCCCCCCCCCCUUACGGUAGCUGGAUUUGCUGCGUAGAACCAAAAGAGGCAGUUGUCGAACACAGUUUAUGGCUCUUGUUUCGAACUGAAUUCUCAGUAUAUGCUUGAUAAAUGCAGUAGCAGGCCCCAUUUAUAUGUCUCAUUGGAGGUUUAAUGAAGUAACAACAAUAAUAUGUCUAAUCAGAGGCAAUUGUGCAACACAUGGCUUAGAGUUAUUGUUUCUAACUGAAUACUCUGUUCUAAAAGAACUCUGAAUCAUGUGUUACACAACUAUCUGUUUUGGUUUUACACAGUCAAUCCAGUUUUCUCAUUUUAACACCAUGUGCGUAACACUGGUUUGUAUUUCCCACCAAGAUACUAUGAGGGGAAGUCAAACUGAACAAAAUAUUGCAGUGGUGGUGCCCAACUGAAAAAAUUUUUCUUUGUUAUAACAAAAAUUACUUUUAUUAAAAUUUCUGUACUGAGUGCUAUCCCAAGACCUGAGGACCAGCUACGACUGAUGAACAGGGCUAGGCUAUUAGCACAGGGCCACGGCUACCUGGAAUAGAGUAGCCGCCCACCUUCAGGCAUUAUCAGCUUGGUCUCUGUAAUAAAGUUUACUCACUCACUGAGUGUUAUACUUUCCUAUGAUACUUGCUUUUCAUCACAUGUUCUCAUGGACCCCUCUGUGUGUUACGAACGUCUAACAUAAGCCAAAAUGGCCUCUUUUUUUUUUCGAAUUCAGGUUUGUUCUGGAGCUGGUGUACAAUAUCCAGGUGCAAAUAAAGGUUUAGCAAAAAGUAAACAUUAGGAACAGUUUUAUAAAAGUAGCUUCAGGUUUUCUUGCAUGAACAUUUUUUGUGAAUAAUUUCUCAAAAAUGCCAUAAUUUGGCCAUUUUUAACUUCUUGUUAAAGGAAGGGAAACAAGAAAGUAUUGUCUGAAAUCAUCUUUUAGCAAAAGCACAAUGUCCGACCAUUACAAAAGUGCAAGUCUUGCAACCAUAUGCAAAGCACUUUAUUUUGGCAAUGUUUUUUCCUCAAACCUGGUAUUCCAACAUUUUAUGAAAUUCAAAUGACCCUCACUUCCUCCCCAAUUUUGUUGGCUUGAUAUAUUAUCAGAAUGCAUUUCGUAAGACCUAGUAAAAACCCGCAAUUAAAAAAAAA